CCGCUGACACGGCGACGUUACCGCCCGCUAUCGAUUUUCCCGGUCGCGCGAAUCCAACAGUUGUGCGUGGGCGCCAUCCCACCGACCGACGCCCGCGCCCUUGCUCGCUAUCCGAAGUGAGACAGCGCCACAGCCACCACCACCACCAGCACCAUCCCUACACACAGCCGACACCCACGACCUACAAACGGGCCAGCCUCACACCCCACUAGCCCUCCCUCGCCCGUGACGGGGCGCUCGCAGAUCAACCCUCUACCGACCCGAAUUUAUCUCAUAUAUUAUGCAGUGGGUAUUUCUGAGACGUAGACGUUUAUUACGCGUUUGAAGCCGCCUCGUUCUAGUCGAUUUCCUGCGAACAGUGACACAUUUCCGUCGACGGCAAAAACGAUAAUAUUUGGAAACCGAUACAUUCUAUAAAAUGGUUACAAUUGUUACGGAGAAUAAUGAAUUCGAGCAACUACGACACUAUGGUUUAUCAUAUCUUUACAAUCUAAAUGAUUUUCGCAAGAAUGAAAAAUUCUGCGAUAUUAUUUUAAAGACAAUAGACGGAAAUAAAAUACAUGCUCACAAAUGCGUGUUAUCAACUUAUAGUGAAUAUUUUGAAAAAAUGUUUAGUGGGGGUUUCGUAGAGAGUAAUAAAGAAAUUGUCGUCAUUAAAGAUAUUAGCAAUGCUGUUUUGAAUGAUUUAAUCGAUUUUAUGUACACUGGUAAAUUGAUUACAAUCAAUGAUGAUAAUGUUGAAGAAAUAUUGAACGGAGCUGAUAUCUUACAACUGACCGAAGUUCGACUUAAAUGCACUAAAUUCUUUAUGGCAACAAUAGUUGACAACAAUUGUUUAAAGAUUAAAGAUAUAGGUGAUUCAAGAGGGAUCACUGAACUGUCUCAGAAUUGUUUAGAACAUGCUCUAGCACGUUUUCACUUUGUAUCCAGAGAAAAAUCUUUUCUGGAUAUAGACAUAACACAACUAAUAGAAUUGAUAAAGAACGAUAAUUUGAGUGUUCCAGAUGAAAAAUACGUAUAUAUGGCUGUCAUGGCUUGGGUAAAACAUGAUGAAAGUGGCCGAAAACAUUUAUUACCAGAACUGCUGGAUCUUGUUAGGCUAGUAUUCAUUUCACAAGAUUAUCUGCUAAAAGUUAUUAAAGCAGAACCACUUAUUUAUUCUAAUCCUGAAUGCUUGAAGAUGAUCACAAAAGUAACCGAUCAUUUUAGUUACAAACAUGGAGAUUCGUUGUCGAAGAUAAUAACAAAUGUGAAACCAAGAAACAAAACUAAGAUGUCCACAACCGAAUAUAUGGAUCUCCCACGUGCUGCUUGUAAAAUACCAGACUGUGAAUUUAAAAAUGCAAUUAAUCUUUUUGCUUACUUUGAUAAUUUCUUUAUUGAAACUCUUUUCACAAAAGUCGAAUGGAAUUUCGGAAUGAAUGAAGAAAAUUUUCUCAAAGAAUGGGACGAAGAAUGGAAAGAUGUGAAUUCUGCUGAUUCAUCUGAUGAGUCUGAUCAAUCUGAUGAGUCUGGUGAAGAAAGAUCUCACGAUGAAUCUACUUUUUAAUUUUAAUUUAAUUUUCUCUACUUAAUAAAUAAACACAAAUAUUUGAUUUAAAAUUUAAAAUUUUAACUAAACAAUUAUUAUUCUACAUUAUAUUAUACUGUCAUAAAAUGUGUGAUGAAUAAGUCUUGUAAUAUAGACUUUAUGCUCUUAUCGUAUCUGCCCUACUAUAUUAUUUAUAAAUUUAUAAUAUAGCACUGAACCGGAUACCACCCAUAUAUCUCUUCUUAUGAUGGUUAUAUGUAGAUAAAUAACUAUUAAUUUAUAUUGACAGUUCAAAUAAUUAAGUAUACUUAUAUAUAUUUAUUUAGUACUUACUAUAAACAUAAUUGUUUUCAUAGUUUAGCAAUUAUAUAUAAAUACACAAA